UUUAAGUUGACAUUUUGUGUUUGAGGUUAUGUUGUAAUUGUUGUAUAGAAAUAUGUAAAUAGAAGUUGAUAUCUUGAAUAAAAUACGAUAGAAAUGUAGAAAAAAACUAUACAAGUGAACAUUAUUAAUUCACUAAUGUUUUCUAUAAAGUACUUAUAUUAUUUUGAUCAUCGUAAUAGGUAGAUAGUGUAACUAUCAAAAAUUGACUUGUAUGGAAGGAGAAUGGAGUUUGUAACCGAAGUGUCCGAGUUUGUGCGAUUGAAGGAGGAGCCCGCUGAGCCAGAAGCGGAGCCCGAGCGGCGGCCGCCCGGCGCGGCGCGAGCAGUGCACAUCAAAGAAGAACCACAGAAUGAACAUCAGUCAGACAGUGACGAAAAGGAAGAUUGUUUGCAACACACAACGAGUGAAUACGAAAUAAAGGAAGAUCCCUCAUGCUUUGAAAAUAUUGUGAGCGAUGGCUUGUGUGACGGUAGAGUGAAGGAUGAGGUUAUGCAGCCGGAGUCCGUGCCACAGAUCCCACAGACAGCCUCCUGCUCGGACAGGGAGUGUGUGAGCGAAGCAGCCAUGCUGGCCGGCCUGUACACGGACCAUGAUGUUAAAGAUGAGCUUGUGCUGGGUGCGGAGUGCCCAUAUCGCCCUGAUGUCACUCUAGUAGUUCAUGGUCGCAUUGGCCGUGUGCUUCGAGAUUGCUCUGUGACACUUGAAUACAUCCCACACAUCGAUGUGCUAGCUAAGCGACAAGAGAUGAAUUUCACACUGAAGAGAAAGAACCAUUAUGUGAUCUUUGUGGUGAAAGAUUCAGUGUAA